GAGUUAUGGUGAGAGCCCGGAGGGUUCUACUGUCGCAUUUUUCCUGCGCUGGGAGGGAAGGUACAUGGAUGGAACCCCGGCUGUCGGUGGUUUUAUGGCUCAGCCCUGCUGCCUGAACAUCUGAUCGAGUCUCUGCGGGCGGAUCUUCUGCUUUAGGCCUGAUGGAGGUGGGAACUCAACAAGAACCGCACGGAGAAGAUCCUGAUCUACGUCCGUCCCUCAGCAGGGAGUCCUGAAAAGUGGGUGUCCUCCUCAACCCUUCCCCUCCCCUUUCUCCAAAUAUAACCCCACCCUGUCUGGCACAGGCCCAUCCCUGGCUCCUUGUCUGGCCCUAAAAUGAUCGGCAAGCUGAAGCAGAAUUUGCUGGUGGCCUGCUUGGUCAUCAGCUCCGUAACGGUGUUUUACCUGGGUCGGCAUGCAAUGGAGUGCCACCAGCGCGAGGAGCGAAGCCAGCCACUGCUGGGCAGCCUGCAUGCUACACUGCGCACUGGACAGAACAUCAGCGCCCCCUUUGUCUACAACAAGGACAUGCCGCUCAUCUUCAUAGGUGGUGUGCCUCGCAGUGGCACCACACUCAUGAGGGCCAUGCUGGACGCGCACCCGGAUGUCCGCUGCGGUGAAGAGACGCGCGUCAUCCCUCGCAUCCUGGCCAUGAAGCAGAUGUGGAGCCGCUCGGGACGUGAGAAAAUGCGCCUGGAUGAAGCCGGUGUCACAGACGAAGUGCUAGACUCGGCCAUGCAGGCCUUCCUGCUGGAGAUCAUUGUGAAACAUGGUGAGCCAGCCACUUACCUGUGCAACAAGGACCCGUUUGCCCUCAAGUCCCUUUCGUACUUGGCAAAGAUCUUCCCACGCGCCAAAUUUAUUCUUAUGAUUCGUGACGGCCGAGCCUCCGUCCACUCCAUGAUCUCCCGCAAAGUGACCAUCGCUGGCUUUGACUUAAACAGCUACCGGGACUGCCUCACAAAGUGGAACCGGGCUAUAGAGACCAUGUACACUCAGUGUUUGGAGGCAGCCGACAAGUGCCUGCCCAUGCACUAUGAGCAGCUCGUCUUGCAUCCGGAGAAAUGGAUGCGGACGCUGCUGAAAUUCCUAAACAUUCCUUGGGAUGAAGCCGUUCUGCAUCACGAGGAGCUCAUUGGGAAAGCAGGAGGUGUAUCGCUCUCCAAGGUGGAGCGCUCCACGGACCAGGUGAUCAAGCCAGUCAACGUGGAAGCAUUGUCCAAGUGGGUGGGGAAAAUCCCAGUGGACGUACUGCGGGACAUGCCUGUAAUCGCACCAAUGCUCGCCAGGCUAGGCUACGACCCCCAUGCUAAUCCACCCAACUAUGGUCGCCCUGACCCACGUGUCCUGGACAACACUAGAAGGGUAUUUAAAGGUGAAUUUCAGCUACCUGACUUUCUUAAAGAACAAUCACAGCUACAAAAGUCUUCAGAGAAGCCAAACUCCAGUUAGGAGAAGAGGGAAUCGAAGGAGUCACCACAUCUGUAGAAGACAAAGCAGGAACAGAUGCGGCAGGACCAUGGUGUGCUCACAUAACCCCUACUGGGACCUCUGUGCUCUCUCAUUCGCUCACUCACUCACUCACACAUACCCUCAGACUGCAUCACCUGCAUACAAGUGCACACAUCCCACACAUCCUCUGGCUCAUAGGCCUGGACCACUAUAUGGAGAACUUUUGGCCUUUGAUGUUGUACUGUAACAAUUGUGGCCUACGAAUGUCAUUGCUAUGUCGAAUUUCUUUCCAUUUUUUAUUUUAUUUUUUGGGUCACAUGAUAAUCAUCUGACUUUUUUUUUCCUGGCUACAUAAAUCUGUGAUUCUGUUAUAAGAAAAUACAGUGGCUAGCAAAGGAAGUAUUUAUGGAAGAGACUUAGCUUUUGAAGAUGCAAUAUCUAUUUUGAUGUUCGGUUUUAUUUUCAUGCCUUUGUAUUGUGCAAUUCCUUGGGUACAUGUGUACAAGUUGACAGAUCGGACGCCAUCGGCAGUGGUAAAUACAGAAUUGCAUUUUGUACCAUCAUUCAUAUGUAUGAUCUUUUGUACACAGAGAAAUGUAAUAAAUGAAUUGUCGGUGUUG